AUGUCAAUUAUAGUUACCUUACGUUUGAAAAAUGAUGACAUCGACAGAGGUAAAAGAUUGAAACAUUGUGUGAAUUUUUUGCAAAUACUGAAAGAUGCGUUAUCAUCACAAGAAGUUAAACUAUUGCUGAAAGACAAAUCUGUUUUAUUCUUGGGUGAUUCAGGUACACUACUUUUCGUUUUUAUUCUUGUUUUUACAAUUAUACGUGGUGUAUAUAAAGAUUUAGUUCGAUUUUUACAGUCUGAUUUUUUACUUAACGAAGAUGAUUUAAAGAAAAAAGGUGAACAUAAUUUUCAGAAUGAUCAGUUAUUAGAAGGUGGCGAAAUUACUGGAUUGCACAAUGGCACCCGAUAUACGGAGGUACGAGAAUUUACAGCCAAUGGUCAACAUCGUCUUCGUUUUUAUUUUCUUACUCGAGCCUAUUCGUAUUACGUUAAAAAUAUUGUGCUGAAACAAAUUAAAGAAAAUGUAAUUAAACCGGAUAUUGUUAUUAUGAACAUGUGUGUAUGGGAUAUAAGCCGACAGUCGAUGGCAGUGUAUAAAGAUAAUUUUAUUAUAUUAUUGAGAAAACUUCGACAUUUAAUGCCGGAUGCUUUACUGAUCUGGUUAUCAGCUAUGCCAGUGUCAAACAAAAGCAAAGGAGGAUUCAUUCCAAAAGAUACAGAAUAUAUUCGUCCAAUCUUGCCUAGUUUGGUACGUGAUGCAAACCAUUAUUGUAAAGAAUUAUGUCCAAAAUAUGGUGUCAUGUAUAUUGAUACACAUUCAUUAUUUUUUCGUAUGUUGCAUCUAAGAAAAGAUGAUGGAAUACAUUGGAAUACGCUUGCUCAUCGAAUGGUAUCAGAAAUUGUUUUGAAUCGAUUGAAAGCAUAUUGGUAUGGCAUAAAUCUAUUCAAAUGUGCAGAAUUAAGAAGUACAUUGGAAGUAGUAACUGACGAGUAUAAACAACAAACAUCAUUUUAUCAAAAUAGACAAUAUCCAUCUAAACAAUACUCUCAACACGAACAUCAACUACACAAUGAUAAUAACGUUGAAUAUCAUGAAUUGUUAAGGGAUAAAUCAUGCAAAAGUCCAGAUUUACAACAAUCAAAACGUAAAUAUUCACAAACAGAAACCGAUAAUUGCAGAAAUAAAAAUAAUCUCAAACGAAAGAGAUAUGAUAAGGACGAUAAAUAUGUAUGUCGUAAUAAUCCACAACUAUUACAAAAACAAAAACGUAUUCAUUACGAUACUGAAUAUACACACGAUUGUGAUCAGGAUUAUAUUCAAGAAGAUUAUUUGACAAAAUUAUUUUUAUCCCCUCCAGUCUCUGAGAAAAUACGAUUAUAUAGUGAUAAUCAAGAGGAUUUCUGUUCCUAUCCUCCACCUUUAAUGGGAAUUGAUCUUUCACAUAAACUAUUAGAUUUUAACAACAGUAUUAAUAAUACUGAAGACAACGAACAAUCAGAUACUGAUUCAUUAUUCAAUAUUAUUUUGAAAUAUCAUCAAUCUGUAAGUGGCCUAUUGUAUCCUCUUGUUGAACGAAAAUUAUCACCAUUAAAUGAAUAUCAACGAUCAGUUCUGCUUUCAUCAUCCUCAAUCGACUCAACACAAACAUUAUCUCGAUCAGUAACACCAAAUGUCAUACGAUUUGAUCUUGCUAAUGAACAGCAAAUUUCAGAAGAAAAUUUAUUUCAAUUAUUGCAUGAUGAUUAUUAUGCAUAUGAAAAUUAUGAUAUUGACUAUGAUGGAUUUGUUUUAAAUAGUCUUGUCACAAGUACUUGUCAAACAUCGUACGGCGAAGAAGAUUGUUUGAUUUAUAAUCAAAAUAUACUUUAUAAUACAUUUGAUAAUAAAAUAUUAAAUAAUGAUUACACCAAACAUUCAAAUAAUCUAUUAAUAGCAAAGACCAAUGAAGUUCAAAAUGAGUUAGAGAACAAAAAUCGACCAAGUACUGAAAAUGAUUAUCAAUUAUCUAGUCGAGUGGAACUGAAGCAAACUGAUGUUGAUUCUCAAAGAUUGACUGAUGAUAGUCUGAAUGUAACAAUGAAUCACUCUGAUGAACAGGAUAUCUCAUCCCAUUCUAUUCUAUCCAAUAUGAAUAACAAAAUAAUGGAUGAACCAAAGAACAGCUCAUAUUCACUCGUCACUUUAAAGUAUCAACAGCAUAAUAAUGAUGUCAAUUCAAAUAUUUCACCAUGUUUAGUAUCAUUGAAUGAUCCAUAUGAUGAAGAAGAAAAUAAUAACAAAAAUAAUGCUAAUCAAAUUUUUACUUCAGACUCAAUUUCAGUUAUCGAUACAUUCGAACAAACAUAUAAGUCUUUAACACAUGUAGAAUCUCCAUUAGGUAUUAUUAAGAAAAACAAGUCCCUUUACAACUGUUUGGAAUCUAUUCCUGCUACAUCACUUGGAAAUGACGAUAAUGAUGAUAGAAGUUUAAUUUUACAACCUCAUCUCGAAAUAACAAUGGUAGAAACAAAAAAAGCAACUGUAUCAUUAUCGCAAGUCGUAUCUCUAACAACAAUAGUUUCUCAAUCCAUAUCGUACGCACAACCAAUACGAAUACAACAAUAUCGUCCAAAAUUAUUAUCGAAAUUUGUAAAAGAAGUAGAAUCAGACAUCAUUAUAUUAUCCAGUGAUAGUGAAGAUGAUGAUCUUCAAAUAAUUGAAAUUUCUAAUAAUAUUGUAGUUGAUAAAGAAGUUUUACCGCAUUAUUUACUCGAUCGUUGA